AUGCCAUCUAGCUCAGCAUCGACCCAUCAACUGGGUCGCCGCUUCUGGGCCUCCGUCCGGGACUCGGUUGACUCGUGGGCUUGGCAAGCACCUUCAGUCGGCCGGUGGCAUGGCAGGCGGUCCUUGACAGGCCUGGGCAUUGCCCACUCCGUCUUUUCCGCUCACGCCGUGGCAUCAGCGACGGUCGCAGAAGCUGCAGGCGGCCGCGGCGGCAGCAGAGCCGCACGACGCUCGUUCUCGUUCCUGUCGGGCCGCCAACUCUUGUUUUCCGGACGGCCGCGGCGCUUCCACUUUGGCUCUCCUGUGGCGGCCAACCCCAAGGCCUCGCCCAACCAUGUCCGCCGGAGCUGCACGUCUGGCGGGCUGCUUCUCCUCGGCCUCAGCUCGCCCUCGACACCGUCCUCCACCGUCGUCGCAACGUGCACCGCCGCCGCCGCCGACACGGCGCUCUCGGGACAGAACGCGGCCCAGAAGACAGGCAUCAGCCGCAUCGCCCGGCAGGCAUGGCAGCACCAGCAACGACAGCACCACCAGCUCUGCAACAAGCCACAACCACAGCAGAAAAGGCAGCCACAAAGCGGCAUGCUUCUUCUCUCUCAGCUGGGAAGCAGAAAGCAAGGUGAAGCCCUGUCAGUAUGGACCGCAGAGCCGAGACGACGCAAGAGCACCGACAGCCGCGGCAGGAGCAACACAGCCUCCUCCCGCCAGUCGCAGCCGCCCGGCGGUGACGUCAAGAGCAGACAGCCGAUAGACGCAGAGUCGACACGAAAAUCACUCGCAUCUGAAGAGAGCAAGGGCGUGGCAGGACAGCAGCACCAGCCGCCACCUCAGCCACACCCUCCGGAAGGCGAGGACGCCGAAACAAUCGCCAGCUCCGUGUCCAAAUACCUGCAGUCCCAUCUCCCCAAAAUCCCACAUCGCCCCACCAAGGAAGAGCUGCUGGCUGCUGCCAACGGCUUCACGGAGCGGCUCAAGGUCCGCUUCAAAUGGCUGACAAUCCGCAGCAUGCGGCCUUGGAACGCCGAUGAAUGGGGUGCUUUCCUUUCGUGGUUUAUGCUGGGGCACAUUGUCUGGAUCUUGGUCGGCACAACCACUUUUAUGUCGCUUGUGAUUUUGACCAUCAACACCGUGUUUGCACAAGAAAAAUUGGCAAAGUGGGUUGGUGAUUACUUGACCCAGUCGGCCGGUGUGACUGUCGUUUUCGAGUCCGCCAUCGUUCCCAAGUGGAAGAAUGGCGUCAUCACCUUCCGUAACGUCUUCGUCUCGCGCCGCCCAGGCCAGAUCAGGUCCUCUGUGACCAAGGGCUCCUCGUCCAACGCCGCCGCCAUCGCUGCAGCGCGCCACACGCACGACCCGAUUAGCGGCGUUGCCGAACCCGACGCCGAAGCUGAGAACAGUGAAGUCUACGUUGUCGACGACGGCAACUAUACGCAGUUCGACGUGACCAUCAACAGCGUCGACGUCACCCUCUCCUUUUACAAGUGGUGGAACGGCAAGGGCAUGCUCAAGGAUGUUGAAGUGCGCGGCGUGCGUGGUGUGAUCGACCGCACGCACGUGAAUUGGUCCCCCGGACCACUUGACCCAUUCUCCUUCCGCCACGAGCACCAGCCGGGCGACUUUGAGAUUGAACGCUUCAAGCUUGAGGACCUCAUGGUGACCGUACACCAGCCCAACGGCUUCCGCCCCUUUUCCGCGUCCAUCUUCUCGUGUGAGCUGCCGCAGCUGCGCAAACAGUGGCUGUUUUACGAUUUCCUCUGCGCCAACCACGUGUCUGGCGCCUACGACGGCUCCCUCUUUACGAUCCACCCGCGCCAGAUCCAACACUCCAACACCAUCCCCGGUGUCGUCGACAACAGCCACCACAACAUCAACAACCCCGUCAUCGAGCCCAUGUCGCCCGAGGCGGCAGUGGCAUGGAAGAAGUUCUCCCGCCUGCGGAUCGACGGUCUCAAAAUUGACCACCUCAACCGCGGCGAUCCAGGACCGUUUGGCUGGAUCUACGAGGGCAAUGUCGACAUUGUCGCGGAUGUGAUGCUGCCCGCUGAGGCCGACGAGAGUCUGGCCAAGGCCAUGAUUGACUUUUACGAUAAGAUGGAAGAGGCCGUGACGAGCAACCGGUAUAUUCGCAUCCUCGACGGCAAUUACGGCAGCCGCAAAGAGGACGAGGAGGCCGCUCAGAUCGAUGUGGACGCCUCGUUUGGCGAGCAGCGCGGCCACCUAGGCUGGGAAACGGACGACGCGCAACAGACGCCAAUACCGACGACGACCGCCAUACCGCCAGUGACGGCGCAGCCAGCCUCAGCAGCAGCAACACCCACGCCCCCGCCCACGCCCACGCCCACCGUCAUCAAGCCUCCGACCUUCCCCGACGACCCCGUGCCGCAGUACGUCGUCAUGGACCUGCGCCUGCAUCUCAACGACGUCCGCGCCGCCGUGCCCUUCUUCCCCACCGCCACCGCCCUCGGCCAGACCCGCGCCCAGUCCUAUGUCAAUGCCGCCCUCAUCCGCCCCAUUGUCGCCUACAUCAACGCCAAGCGCACCUACAUCCCCAUCAGCUGCCGCGUCGUCAAGCACCUGUCGGACUUUGACGGCAGCUGGACCACGUACGACUGCGGCCUGCUGGACGACACGUCGGCCGAGGUGUAUGCGGCGUUUGCGCACGACGUCGAGGACCAGCAGUCGCGCGUGCGGCGCCUGAAAAAGGUCGGGUUCUGGACGCUGAGCAUGGUGGUGCAUGCUCUGCUGGCGGGUGUCGCGGGUGACCUUAUGUAG